AUUUUACUUUCGAAGUCUUCUUCUAGUAUUCUUCUUUAACCUACAGAUACUAACUCGCGUCCUGUAUAUAGAUUAAAAGUUCUUAUAUACUAGUAAUUCAAAGGGAUAGAAACUCUUGUAUGGUGACAAUCUACUGGAAAUAGAUCAAUUUCUAGCUAUUACUCCUAGGAAUAGAACGCUAAAUCCAGACCUACUUGAAGAUCAAAUUCUCUUGCAUCAAACCUGAGUGUGUAGGGUCUUCUGAUGGGCCUAUACCCAAAAAAGUAUCAAUGAAACUAGAUGUUACAUUUCUUUUGUAUCGAGUAAUUUUUAGAAAGGUUGGUUAUAAGGUGGGGAUAGAAGUUUAUUGUGCUGAUUUUUGGGAAGGGAAGGGUUCAGAAGACCAGCAAAGAGCUGCGGAUACGACUCUCUUUGUACAAGACCUUGUUCAAAAAAUGCAAUCUAGGCUCGAUACUAUGUGCGACACCAUUAUUUCAACAAUUGAUGAGAUGGGUGGCAGAAUUGAUGGGUUAGAGAAGGACAUCAAUGAGUUCAGAGCCAAUAUUGAAUUGGAUCGGUCGAAACCAAAGCAUCAAGAUAUCAAACCAGAAGAUGCUUCUACUUAAACAGCUGAACGUAAGUGCAGUGGAUCAUUGGGUUAUCAGCAGUACAACCACUACUAUGACUAGAUAGCAGUUGUUUCUUUGUUUUACACACUUGUAGAUGGACACAUUGGGCAGUUUAUAUUUGUCUCUACGUGACUAGUAUGAAUUUCGUAACUGGGAAGUACAUUUUUUCACUGUCAUGAGUCCCAUGACUGUGCUAUUGUUUUCUCAGUUAGGUGUUCAUCUUUGUGUACUGUUGUCAAGCAGCACCCUACAACGCUGCUUAUUAGCAUUAAUCUUCUGAUGUCCAUCAUCUUGAAGCAA